AAUUAAUAAUUUAACAUGAAAAUAUUGAUCGUGAAUAUUAUUGUUUAUUCGUUGUUUAGCAAUGAGCUUAAGACAUCUUCUCUGUCCUCAUUUCAGCCAAAACCAAAGUCGAAGAUCUCUGCAUCUCGCAGACUCUUCUUGAAGACCAAGCUGGUGAAGAAGGCCAUGGCUAUGUUGAUGGCUGAAAAGGAGCAGAAGGUGAUUGACAGAGAAAGCACACUGAGUGAACGAGUCCCAGCACUCAACCUCUCUGGGCUGUCUGUACAGGACCUGCAGACUCUUUGUAAAGAACUGCACCAGAAAAUUGAUGUUGUUGAUGAAGAGCGGUACGACAUCGCAAUGAAAGUCUCCAAAAGUGACGCAGAGAUUGAAAAUCUGACCAUGAAGAUCAUUGAGCUGAAGGGCAAGAAGCGACCUCAGCUGAAGAGGGUGAGAGUAUCAGCUGAAGCCAUGAUGGGGGCCCUGCUGGGAGCCAAGAUCAAAGAGUCUGUCGACUUCAAGGCCAACCUCAAGACUGUCAAGAAGGAAGAGGAGAAGAAAGAGGAAGUGACUGAUUGGCGUAAGAAUGUGGAUGCCAUGUCUGGCAUGGAGGGCAGAAAGAAGAUGUUCGCUGCUUCCUAAUAGCCACGGGUGGAACGAUGACAUCAUUAUGACUUCUCAGUGUUUAACUUACAUUAUGACAGUCAAGGAACAGAGUUAGUUUGCAUGGUGUUACGUAGCUACAGAGUCUCUUGCGUUGUUAUGUGUACAUAUGUUUUGUGUGUGCAUGCAAAUCACAUUUAUAUCAUAUGAUAAUUAUAGUCACUCAAUGGAAAAUAAUGUUUUAUCUUUAUGUAAUAUGUUAUGGAAUGUUGUUAUUAUAUACACUACCGUUUAAAAAUUUGGGGUCAUGUAGAAAUGUCCUGGUUUUUGAAAGAAAAGCACAUUUUUUGUCUGUUAAAAUAACAUCAAAUUGAUCAGGAAUACAGUGUAGACAUUGUUAAUGUUGUAGAAGGUCAGCAUAUCGUGGUUUCCUCUUCACUGUUGACAUUGAGACUGGAGUUUGACAGGUACUAUUUAUUGAAGAUUUACAUUUACAUUUAAGUCAUUUAGCAGACGCUCUUAUCCAGAGCGACUUACAAAUUGGUGCUUUCACCUUAUGACAUCCAGUGGAACAGCCACUUGCCAGUUGGGGACUUGUGAGGCGUCUGUUUCUCAAACUAGACACUCUAAUGUACUUGUUCUCUUGUUCAUUUGUGCACCGGGGCCUCCCACAACUCUUUCUAUUCUGGUUAGAGCUAGUUUGCGCAGUUCUGUGAAGGGAGUAGUACACAGCAUUGUACGAGAUCUUCAGUUUCUUGGCAAUUUCUCGCAUGGAACAGCCUUCAUUCCUCAGAACAAGAAUUGACUGACGAGUUUCAGAAGAAAGUUCUUUGUUUCUGGCCAUUUUGAGCCUGUAAUCUAACCCACAAAUGCUGACGCUCCAGAUUCAACUAGUCUAAAGAUGGCCCGUUUUAUUGCUUCUUUAAUCAGGAUAACAGUUUUCAGCUGUGCUAAUAUAAAUGCAAAAGAGUUUUCUAAUGAUCAAUUAGCCUUGUAAAAUGAUAAACUUGGAUUAGCUAACACAACGUGCCAUUGGAACACAGGAGUGAUGAUUGCUGAUAAUGGGCCUCUGUACGCCAAUGUAGAUAUUCCAUUUCUUUUUUAAUCUGCCAUUUCCAGCUGCGAUAGUCAUUUACAACAUUAACAAUGUCUACACUGUAUUUCUGAUUAAUUUGAUGUGGACAAAAAAAAUGUGCUUUCCUUUUAAAAACAAGGACAUUUCUAAAGUGACCCCAAACUGUUGAACAGUAGUGCAUAUUAUAUGGUAUUGACAUGCAAAAUGUUGGAUGUUUGAAGUUAUCCAAAUAUGAUUGAGUUACUGACAAUAAAUUAAAUGUGUUAUCAUU